CUUGUUAUUUACAUGUAACAUAAGGCGAAUAUCUCGACAAUUCAAUCAUUUCACCAAGAUGGGCUUGAAAGGUCCAAAACCGGUACCAUUUUUAGGUAACUCUAUCUAUUGGCUGCUUAAACCUCGAUGUUUUUUGGACAUUGAGUGGGGCCGCAAAUAUGGCCAGAUAUACGGAAUAUAUGACAGCAAUCAACCAAUAUUAGUGGUGACCAAACCGGAACUGAUUAAGAAGAUUGUGGUUAAGGACUAUCACGUGUUCAUCGAUAGACGGAUGCGACCGACCAAUCAUUUCCUCUAUCGAGAGAGUUUGUCUCACGCGCGGGGAGACAACUGGCGCCGUAUCCGCUCGAUAGCCAGCCCUACGUUCAGUUCGGCCAAAAUACGCAAAAUGUAUCCAAUAGUCAGACAGUGUUUGCGGGCACUCAUGACACACGUGGUGGACAUGGAGUGCGGCGAUUGUGUAGACCUCAAGAAGAUGUGCGGCAACUACACGAUGGACGUGAUCGCCGCCGUGGCCUUUGGCACCGAUGCCAACGCACACAACGACCACUCGUCGGCGUUUGUGACGUCCGCCCGACAGAUACUGGACGUAGACUUUGUCCGCACAAUCAUUGUAUUGCUUUUGCCAAAGUUUGUGGUGAAAGCAAUCGGCUUAAAAUCUCGAGUCCCGGAAACGGCCCAUCAGUUCUUCGUGGAUAUCGGCCGACGGCUUAUAAACGAGCCCAUCUCAUCCAAUAUCUCGAUGUACUCCUGA